CCUCCAUCUUCACGGACUCAGCAGUAUCUGGACCAAGGCUGGCACCAGUACGUGGCCUGGUAGGACACCCGAGCUGCCACCGCCCACCUCUCCCGCGAGGACCCGAGAAACACCUGACGCCCCGAUCUGCUCCCUUCACACUCCCGUCCGCGUUGCCUCGGCAUGGAACCCCACGGUUUCUCCUGGCGUUGAUUUUCUUUUGGCACCCGUGCGGCUCUGCCUCGGCGGAGGCCUCGUGCAAGCUGAAAGCAAAGUUCAACUUGAGUGGUUAUAAGGAUGUGGAGAAGAAGAAGGUCGUCAUCGGCGGCAUGUUUCCCGUGCACAUGAGCACAACUUCCAGUGACGGCAACACUUCACGGCUGCCUGCGUCCUCAGGGUGCGAGGGAAUGAAUUACCGCACCUUCCGCUGGACCCAAACCAUGCUGUUCGCCAUCAACGAAAUCAACGAGAUGGACGAUCUGCUGCCCGACACCGACCUGGGCUACGUCAUCUACGACUCCUGCUUUACUAUCUCCAAAGCCGUGGAGGGCACCCUCACGUAUCUGACCGGGCAAGACGAGGCGGUGCCCAACUACCGCUGCGGUGCGGGCGCCCCCCUGGCUGCUCUCGUGGGUGCGGGGGGAUCCGACCUGUCCAUCGCCACUGCCAGGAUCCUGGGACUCUACCAUUUUCCGCAGGUCAGCUACUCCUCAACCUGCUCAGCCUUGAACAGCAAGUUCCAGUUCCCGACCUUCCUGAGGACCGUUCCCAACGACGAGCACCAGUCCGCCGCCAUGGCCCGGCUGGUGCUGCAUUUCGGCUGGACCUGGGUGGGGACCAUCGCCGCAGACGACGACUACGGCAAGUACGGCAUCAAAGACUUCAAGGAGGAGGUAGAAGAGGCCGGCGUCUGUAUCUCCUACUCUGAAACCCUGCCGAAGGAGAAUUCUCCUGAAGACAUCCAGCGAAUUGUCCAAACCGUUAUUGAGUCCACGGCCAAGAUUAUUGUAGUCUUUUCAUCCGACGUGGACCUCAGUCCUCUGGUUCUUGAGCUGGUCCGGCGAAAUGUGACCAACCGGACGUGGAUCGCGAGUGAGGCCUGGGUCACUUCAGCUCUCAUCAACCAACCCGGAGUGAGUUCUUUACUGGGGGGCACCAUCGGGUUUGGGGUCAAGAGAGGCGACAUUCCCGGUCUUCAGCGACACUUACUGGAUCUGGACCCUUAUGCCGACUCUCUCAACGAGGAAUUUUGGGAGACGCUGUUCAACUGCACAUUAGACUACGGUAAAGCUCUAAGAAAGGCCAAAGCGUUCAACGGGACCAUUCCCGGCGGUUUGUGUACCGGUACCGAGUCCCUGGCUCAGCUCAACAACACCUACUCCGACACCUCCCAGCUGCGGAUCACCUACAGCGUGUACAAAGCCGUGUAUGCCGUUGCCCACGCCUUACACAAUCUGGAGCACUGCGAGCAGGGGCGGGGGCCGUUCAUCGGGAUCGGUUGUGCGGACAUCACCAAGUUUGAGCCGUGGCAGCUGAUGUACUACCUGAAGAACGUGCGCUUUAAAGUGCCACACACAGACGAGGAGGUUUACUUCACCGACGGGGAUGUGGCGGGAUUUUACGACAUCAUCAACUGGGUCGUCGACGGCGACGGGGUCAUAUCUUACGUGACCGUCGGGCAGUACAACGGUUCCGCGGCCCCCGAGGAGAGGAUGCGCUUAAUGAAUGAUUCCAUUGUCUGGAACAGUGACGCGCUGGAGCCUCCUCGGUCAGUGUGCAGCGAGAACUGCCAGCCCGGCACCAGGAAAGGGAUCCGACAAGGGGAGCCGGUCUGCUGCUUUGACUGCAUCCCGUGUGCCGAUGGCGAGAUCAGCAACACGGCCAACGCCCGUGAGUGUGUCCUGUGCAGCGGCGACGACUGGUCCAACGAUGCCCACGACGCCUGCGUGCCCAAGAUCAUCGAGUUCCUGGCCUUUGGAGAGCCACUGGGGAUCACGCUCAUCGUCAUCUCCGCCUUCGGAGCCCUUGUCACCGUUGGCGUGGCGGUGGUGUUUGUUGCGUAUGUCAACACCCCCCUGGUCCAAGCCAAUGAUGCCUUGCUGAGCUUCUGUCUGCUUUUCUCGCUGAUGGUGACCUUCCUCUGCUCCAUUGCCUUCCUGGGAGAGCCUCAACAUUGGAGCUGCAUGACCAGCCAAGUCGCUCUGGCUAUGGGCUUUGCACUGUGCCUUUCCUCCUUGAUGGGCAAGACAGCGUUGCUGAUGCUGAGGGCGCAAGCUAAGAAAGCGGCCCGCGCCGAGGUCAAGGCCGCCGCCAAAGCCGCCAGAGCCGCAGCCGAAGCGGCCGCCAGCAACGGCGGCCCCGACGUCAUCGCGAGCAACACGGCAAACCUCGGCGACGUCGCUGCUCGUGUGAAGCCCGACGGCCUCGGCUCGGCGCACCAGAGGGCGAUGACCGCCGUGGCGACCUUGAUUCAGGCUCUGGCUUGCACCGUGUGGCUCGUCAUCUUCCCGCCCUACCCCGUGAAGAACACGUCAGCUCAGAACGUCAAGAUCAUUCUGGAGUGCAACGAGGGAUCGGUGGUCUUCAUCUGUUGCAUCUUCGCCUACGACAUCCUGUUGGCUCUGCUGGCCUUCAUCUUCGCUUUCCUGGCUCGAAAGCUGGAGGACCACUUCAGCGAGGCCAAAUGCGUGACCUUCGGCCUGCUGGUUUUCUUCAUCGUGUGGAUCUCCUUCGUCCCAGCUUACCUCAGCACGCGAGGCAAGUUCAUGGUGGCCGUCCAGAUUUUUGCCAUUUUGGCAUCCAGCUUUGGCCUGCUCGCUUGCGUCUUCCUGCCCAAGUGCUACAUUCUCCUGCUCAAACCCGAACGCAACACCGAGGAGAUGAUGCGACCCCACGACAGACAACGUGACGCGACCUCAACGGGGACCUCGGCGUCCAUCGCCACCGCCGCCACUGAGGUCAACGAUACAGUCGCAUCGACCGCUAUUGAUGAUUAGGUGAAAGGUGAUAGGAAGUAUAUUAGAUUGUAUGUCAUAUCAUUUAAUAUUAAGGUCCUUGAUUACAUAUAAUUAACUGGAGAUUUUCUUGAAAAAAGUACACUUGGCCAAUGGUAGAAAAUAUGGCUUUACUGCACCUCCCUCU